AUGCGGGCUUUUAUUUUGAAAAGUAGAAGCUCCGGGAUGGCACCAGGCGGGACGGCAUGAGACGAGUCGGCAUGACAUGGGACGCUCCAGGCUGCAGCCAUACACUCAUGUGGAGAGCGGAGAGUUGUUAUCCCCUCCUGUGGGGGCGGCACUUAAUGCGCUCUGUUUUCCAUAACAACCGGGCACGCUUCCUCCUGAUUGGCUACUCCUACAUCCUGUGUUUUCAGGCUUUGCUAGCUGGCAGAUGCUAUUUUGAACCAUACUUCCUUCGUGAGCAGCACUGGAUUAACGAGUGCAUCUUAGAAAAGGACAUGGACCACACCAACCCAGAGGUACUUGAAGAUCCUGGUGGAGAGGCAGCAGAACGGGAGAAUUCUAAGUCAUUGUGUCCAGAAAAAGAGCAGAGAAAAUGCAGUUCCUGCAUGGCGGCCGAGGAUCUGACCCCUAAUGGUUCCUGGUCACAGAGUUCCAUCUCCCGUUCCCUGCAGCGAGCUGAGACGUUACUCAGAAGCACCUUUAAUCCCAAGCUCAAGUGGCUCUUCCAUGGCCGCAGUCAAGACGAAGAAGAGGAACAUUUUGUAGCCGCUGCCAACCUGGUGUCCCGGUCCUCUGCACGUCUCCUGCGCCUGCAACAAGCUCUUCUGACUGUGGCCCCCCAGUGGCAGCCGGUCGGACCUCACCUGGUGUGUGUUAAAGGCCUCCCAGCAGAGGGUGGUGUUCUCUUCCUGCCCUCCUCCCCCUCCCUGCAGGGCCACUACACAGCCCUGCGGAGGCUCCUGGAGCAGCGAUGCCUGCUGCUCUUUGUACAUGAGUACACCAGAAGGGCUCGCCUAGCAGCAGCAUACAUAUCCAGAGUGAGCCACCUGCUGGAGGGGCAGCUAAAGAAAUCCCACCUGACACCUAGCCAGACCCCGUCCAGCUGGCCUUCAAUCGGGGUUGGUCUGGGCUCACUGAGUCAGGAGCUCCGGGUCCAUCUCAACCACUGGUCCUGUCUAUUUUCUAAAGUCCAGUCGGACCACUAUCUGAGACCUGCUCUGGUCCAGCAGACCAGGCUGCUGGCGGAAAUCAAACAGACUCUGGACUUACUCGGUCUGCAGGCACUGGUUUUAAUGGAACAUUAUGUUUAUGUCAUUCUGUCUGCUAUCGCCCACACGGAAUUAGACUGUGUACCUAGAGAAGUCUUGGAGGAUAUUUUAACAGGUACAGCCCUGUAUAACCAGGCAGUGGGAGAGCAGAGAGCGCAGCACAGCGCCACCCAGCUGAGGACUGCGGUAUUACAGCAGACACAUUGUUCCACACUGGAUUCCAGUCUUCCAAAAAGCUUCACAGCAGGGCAUCAGCCCGCUGCCUUCUCAGUCAAAGAGUUGAUGAUGGUUUUAGCAGUGCAUGAAGCAAACAGGGCAGCCAAGCAGCUGCUCUGCUGGGCCUCUGAGCAGAGCUACCACACGUGUCAGGUUCACACCAACCACGAGGCCUAUGCAUGUUCUGAAAACUGUGUUUGUCAGGGGGCCCGGCUCAGCUGUGGGGCCUCUGCACUGAGAUCUGAGUGGACCUGGGAGCAGCUGCAGCAUACCUACCUUAUUUCCUCUCCUCUCUUCUCUAAUUAUCCCCCCUUAGAGUCAUCAUCUCGCCACACCUGCCAUAAAACUCCCCCUGUUUAUGUCCCUGACCAUCAUUUGGACAGUACUAUUUUUGAAAACCAUUAUCCUGUAUUAGCCAAGCCCACAUUUGUGCAACACAGACCAGAUGGCUCUAUCAAAGACCAAACCAGCCGUUGCCAAACAAACAUACCCCAGACUGGUCUAUCCCAGACAAAUGCAGAAGGGUUGGCCCAACCAAAUCUAGAAAGACAGACAACUUUAGGAAACCUUAAACUACCGCAGUCUGUUUCCCCUCCUUCAACCACCUUUCACCAUCGUUUAGCCCUGCCUCUGUUAGGGUGUUGCCGGCAGGACCGUUCCUCAGUAGAGCAACUUUUUCAGGUGCUGGUUUCCUCCAGUGACCUGCUGGCUCCACUUGUUUCACACACAUCUACACCAGAGGCACCGACUGAACAACUCCCAAAUACGAGAACAGAUGUGUUAUCACCAAAUGGAAAGAAUGACUUGAUCAUUUUAAAUGAUCCGACCAUAAAUGCAGCAGGUUCAGUGGAAGGCAAUAGUUUGAGUACAGAAGUCAACAAGGACCAAAAGGUGGAAGGACCUCUGCAGGAAUGUGAUGAACUGGAAAUAACAACUGGGAAAGACGCCAGCUCAGGUUUUGAAAGCCCAGAGAAGAAGGAGACUGGGGGAGCACCGGGGACAACGGCGGAGCCAGAUUGUCUCCAUUGGCCUCACUCGGUACAGUGGUUGGACCUCGGUCAGUCGCUGGUGUUUGCCGAGCUGUUUGGACAGUACCGCACGCUGCUGUGGACUCUGUGCAGCAAAGCCCUGUGGCUGCAGCUGCAUGUGCCACAAGCAGGAAGCACUGCAGGAAGCAUCAACCUCCAAGACAAACACAGGGGGUUCCAAAUCCUGCACAGGAUCAGUCAAGCUUCACAGAACGAUCUGGUCGCCAAGGAGUGCAGAACCAUGCUGGAGGACUUCAGUCUCUAUCUGUUAGUCAUUACAGCACAUGCUCUGUGGACUAGUGAUGUGCAAAAGUUUAGGUUCAGCUCUGAAAGAUAAGUGUCUCA